UCCCAAAAGAAGAAGAGAGCAUCUUUUUUGAUAAAACGUAUAAUAUUCGUACAUCUCUUGUAAUGAAAUGGAACAAACAAAAAGAGAAAGUAAAAAAGUCCACUAGUGUGGGUGAUUUGUCGAGAAUUGAAUAUUAUUUUUGUGCAGACGGGACGCCCUUCACGUUGCCAUACCCAUUAACAGUAGUUGUUGGUGUUGAACCUUUGGGAGAUCUCAAAAGUAGUAGUACGUUUGAUGAUGGCGUCUUUGUCUUCCUCCGUCACCUCCCGGUCGUAUCGUACCGGUUAUUCUGCUUCUUUGUCACCGGUUAACGGUAACAAACAUCGAUCACUCUCGUUCCUAUCUGCUUCUCCUCAAGGACUUCAUGAGCUCUGUGUUAGAUUCCAGAGGAAGUCUGGUCGUAGUUCUGUCUUUAUGCAAGAUGGUGCAUUAGUCACUAAUUCAGAUUCAACAGAGAGUAGUAAGUCAUCUCUCAAGGGAUUGAAAGAUGAGGUGCUAUCAGUUCUAUCUGAAGAAGCAGCCAAGGUUGGAUCAGAAUCUAAUGGUCAAAACCAGUCAACGGUUAGUAUCACAGUCGUUGGAGCCUCUGGUGAUCUUGCCAAGAAGAAGAUUUUCCCAGCUCUUUUCGCACUUUACUAUGAAGACUGUCUUCCCGAGCACUUUACAAUAUACGGUUACUCUAGGAGUAAGAUGACAGAUGUUGAACUUAGAAACAUGGUCAGCAAAACUUUGACCUGCAGGAUUGAUAAGAGGGCAAACUGUGGUGAGAAGAUGGAAGAGUUUCUGAAGAGAUGUUUUUACCAUUCUGGUCAAUAUGAUUCUCAAGAACAUUUUACUGAACUAGACAAAAAGCUCAAGGAACAUGAGGCUGGAAGAAUCUCAAACCGUCUCUUUUACUUGUCCAUCCCUCCAAAUAUAUUUGUAGAUGCUGUGAAAUGCGCAAGCUCUUCAGCUUCAUCUGUCAAUGGAUGGACUAGAGUCAUCGUAGAGAAACCUUUUGGUCGAGAUUCUGAAACUUCAGCUGCUUUAACCAAAUCCCUCAAGCAGUAUUUGGAAGAAGAUCAAAUUUUUAGGAUAGACCAUUACCUAGGAAAGGAGCUAGUGGAGAACUUAUCUGUUCUUAGAUUCUCAAACCUUAUAUUUGAACCGUUAUGGUCAAGGCAGUACAUAAGGAACGUGCAGUUCAUAUUUUCUGAGGACUUUGGCACUGAAGGACGUGGAGGGUACUUUGACCACUACGGAAUCAUAAGAGAUAUAAUGCAGAAUCAUCUCCUUCAAAUCUUAGCCCUCUUUGCCAUGGAAACACCUGUUAGCUUAGACGCAGAGGAUAUCAGAAACGAAAAGGUUUGGCUUCUUUUUUUCUUUCUUUUAGUCUCUUUUAUAUGUUUCCCAUUUCAGGUUAAGGUUCUACGUUCAAUGAGGCCAAUUCAAAUGGAAGAUGUGGUGAUAGGACAGUACAAGAGCCACACAAAGGGAGGAGUGACACAUCCAGGCUACACCGAUGAUAAGACUGUACCGAAAGACAGUCUGACUCCGACGUUUGCAGCUGCUGCUCUUUUCAUUGAUAAUGCAAGAUGGGACGGUGUGCCUUUUUUAAUGAAAGCUGGUAAAGCACUACACACAAGGAGGGCAGAGAUAAGGGUGCAGUUCAGGCAUGUUCCGGGGAAUUUGUAUAACAGGAACACUGGUUGUGAUCUUGAUAAAGCUACAAAUGAGCUUGUGAUACGUGUCCAACCGGAUGAAGCAAUAUAUUUGAAGAUAAACAAUAAGGUCCCUGGUUUAGGAAUGAGAUUGGAUCGCAGUAACUUGAAUCUUCUGUAUUCCGCUAGGUAUUCAAAGGAGAUACCAGAUGCAUAUGAGAGACUUCUGCUGGAUGCAAUAGAAGGAGAAAGAAGAUUGUUUAUAAGAAGUGACGAGCUUGAUGCAGCUUGGUCACUAUUCACACCAUUGCUUAAAGAGAUUGAAGAGAAGAAGAGAAUCCCUGAGUACUAUCCUUAUGGGAGUCGUGGUCCAGUCGGUGCUCAUUAUCUAGCUGCUAAGCACAAGGUUCAGUGGGGUGACAUGAGUCUUGACCAGUAAAAGAGUCAGAUCAAAAGACUUGUUUGUGUUGUCAUCAUACCUUUUGGCUCUGUACCAUUAAUAAUAAGCAGCAUAAAGCUCUGUUUGAUUCA